AUGGCCGCCAUCUGGGGUAACGGCGGGCAGGCUGGCCAAUUUCCGCUUGAACAAUGGUUCUAUGAAAUGCCUCCCGUGACACGCUGGUGGACAGCGGCCACCGUUGUCACUUCGGUAUUGGUUCAGUGCCAUGUCCUUACUCCCUUUCAGCUAUUCUACAGCUUUCGCGCCGUAUAUGUAAAAUCUCAGUACUGGCGCUUACUGACCACUUUCCUCUACUUUGGACCAUUGAACCUCGAUCUAUUGUUCCAUGUCUUCUUCUUGCAGCGGUACUCGCGCCUUCUAGAAGAGUCGUCGGGUCGGUCGCCCGCUCAUUUCUCUUGGCUGCUGUUCUACGCCAUGGCCUCUCUUCUUUUGCUUUCGCCAUUUCUCUCGCUGCCUUUCUUGGGAAGCGCCCUCUCAUCGAGUCUUGUGUACAUCUGGAGCCGUCGCAACCCGGACACUCGUCUGAGCUUCCUCGGGAUGUUGGUGUUCUCGGCGCCCUAUCUCCCCUGGGUGUUGAUGGCGUUCAGCCUGGUCGUCCACGGGAUUGUGCCCAAGGACGAAAUCUGCGGUGUUGUGGUCGGACAUGUCUGGUACUUCUUUAAUGAUGUCUACCCAUCGCUGCAUGGUGGACAUCGGCCUUUCGAUCCCCCGGCCUGGUGGGUACGUCUGUUUGAGCCCGCGACUGGCGAUGGGAAUGGUGGUCUCGCUGCCACUGCCGCCGCCGCACCCGAAAUUCGAUGA